AUGCUACCGUCAGGCCGAAGCAACCCGAAGCGCAGGCGACUGGAAAGUAGUGAAUCUGGGGAGAGUGCCAGCGUUGGAUAUGCUCAUCCAUACAGCGAGGGUUGGCCACAUUACGCAAGGCCAACUGCCCCCAUGGCAGUUCCUACACCCAGAGACAUCGAAAACUCGUUUUUCAGUCCGUCGGCUGCUCUGACUUCCUUCCCUUUGCUUUCUGGCAUACCCGCAAGACUUGACCAUAUCUCACAUUGGAGCAAUGUCACGCCAUCCUCGUACCUUCGAGUCAGUCUCGAUUCAUCAUUCCGAUUUUCCGGGAAGGCCGGUGCCCAGGAUUUUUCCGGGACAAUUGUUCAAGGCACUACCAAGAACAACACCCACGACUGGACAGUGUUAACGGAUGCUUUGCUCGAGGAAUCCGGCAUUGAGCUUAGUGUGAUCUGUUCCAAAGACCCAUAUCACCCCUCUCCAGCUGCGCGAAACAAGGCUUUUAAGCAAUUCGAGAAAGCACUCAACUGCACAAUGUCCAUCACUAUUUAUGGUCCUCUUGAGUUGUUUGAGGAGAUUGGGAGCUUCUUUCAAGAGCACGACGUCUAUCUGCAGGAUCCACUGCACUGUGAUAGACAUGCCCGCUACUGCAAUCCCCAUCGCCUCUCGUCAACAGACCUGGAAAAAUGCAUCUGGACAUCGGAUCUGGGAAAACCAACGACGCAACUAGUUGAGCUCACUAGUACUGUACCAAACCCGGAGCUCUUGGACGCCAUAACAUCUGCCCAGGACCUUCCGGAAGCAGACCAACCUCGGGCAAUUCGAACAUCUUUGGCAAGGCAUCAGAGACAGGCUUUGACAUUUAUGCAAAGAAGAGAAGAGGGAUGGGCAUUCAACGGCGAACAUCCAGAUGUCUGGGAGUAUGUGGAGCAUCGAGUGGGAGAUGGAAGCUUCGUGAAUCGAAUAUCCGAUUCGCAUCAAAAAGAACAGCCAGAGAACUUCCAGGGCGGCAUCAUUGCUGAUCCGAUGGGUCUGGGGAAAACGCUAACAAUGAUUGCUCUGGCGGCGAGUGAUCUGAUAUGGGUCUCACAUGCUCCCCAAGAAAACAAAGAAUUCACGUCGGUCGGCCAGACACUAGUUAUUGUUCCACCACCACUGUUAGGUACAUGGGAAGAGCAGUUGACAGAGCUUAUCACAACGAACGACGCUCAUCAACCCACCAUUGUUCUUACAACAUAUCAUACCGUUUCAGCCGAGUGGAAGAAUGCGGGUGAAUAUGCUCGUUCUGGCAUCUUCUCCAGGCGUUGGCGAAGAAUCAUCUUGGACGAAGCUCAUAUCAUCCGAAACCACAAUUCUCAAAUGGCACAUGCUAUUUGUUCACUCGAUGGGGAUUCUCGUUGGGCCGUCACGGGAACGCCCAUUCAGAACAAGCUCUCUGAUCUAGCGACUCUGCUAAAGUUCUUGAGGAUUUAUCCAUACAGUGACAAGAGGUGCUUUGACGCUGAUUUCACGAAUCUUUGGAAGAACGGGCAAGCCAAUGAGGCACUAAAGCGCCUGAAGCGCUUAGCGGGUUGCUUGAUUUUAAGGCGACCUAGCACCACCAUCCAGCUACCGGAAAGGCGCGAUCUUCAGUGCCCACUGGAAUUUUCUCCGGCUGAGCGAGAGCUGUAUCAAGACAUCCGCACCAGAGCCAUUGAGCGCCUCGAUGAGUUCUUGUACGCAGACAAUGCUGACACCGUACGGCCACCCUCGUACGUCAAUGUUCUCCAGCAGAUUGAGGAGAUGCGAAUGGUCUGCAAUCUUGGAUUAUGCUACCGCUCACGCCACGACUUCGCAGCCCAGGAUCCAUCUGCCGACACCGCGUGGAACAGUGCGAUAGCCCAACGAGCAGUCAACCUUCAGCUGGAAAUGAACCCAGUGCGUUGUAAGGAUUGCAAAGCGUCACUCGACGCAGCCUUCAUUCUUCUAGGCAACACCCCAGAGGCACAGGGAUUACGUGGAGGCGCACCGCCCAUUUGCGAUCACACUCCAGUAUGCCCGUUCGCCCCAGUAUCCUUCAGUGCCAUCACCGCCAAAGAAGCGCCGGAGCCUGCCGCUACAGUACUUGAAGGGGGGAACUUGAUGUCGCCGAAUGAGAUGCCCUCAAAGGUCAAGUCGCUGAUUUUGCAGCUCAAAAAUCUACCCCAUGACACCAAAAGACUUACACUAACUGUCGCCUCGUAUGCCUUCCUCAUGGAACCACACUGGAAUCCAACUCUUGAAGAUCAAGCCUUGGCGCGAAUUCACAGAAUGGGUCAGACACGGGAAGUCACCACCGUUCGGUUUUACAUCAGGGACUCCUUCGAAGAGAGGGUAAUGGAAGUGCAAGAAAAGAAAAGGAAACUGGCCACGGUACUGCUAGCACCUCAUGGCCAAGGCGAGGGGGAGGAGGAGGAUGUGGGAUCUCUUCAGAGGUCGAUGUUCCGUGAUGUCGUUUACAGCGCAAACAGGCCUGGCCGUUAG